UGAAGCUCACAGGCGGGCGCCCACGCAAGAAACUCAAUUCAAUUUGAAACGUCCCUUUUCACGGUGCUUGCUCUUGGCUUUGGUUAUCUCUCGUUAGCUCAUAUCCUACAGUUUAUAUAGAUAGACGAUUUUAAUAGCUAUACUCAGGAUAGAAUUUAGCCUGUGUUUUUAAAAGUUGAAUGAACGUAGCGGACAGACAGAUCGACUGCGUUCUGGGGGUUGUGUGGGCGACCUGCAGGCAAACCUUUCCCAGCUGCGCCUGCUUCCUUGAGGAGACCCAGUAACUAUGGCGAUGAGAGCGAAAAAACGCACUGGGCAUGCCAGUUCAACGUUUAAUUUUGAUUUAGGCCUACAUGUGGUUGAGUUGUCAACUAACGUGAAUUCAACGUGAAAUCAAUCAAACAUUUCACCCUGUCAUUGGAUUUAGGUUAAAAGUGAAAAAAAAGACGAAAUUCUCUUAAAUUGAUGACUUUGCUUAUUCCAAACAGUUUUCCACAUUGAUUCAACGUCAUCACAUGGCAUUUUUUGGUUUAAAUGACAGGUUAACAACGUUGAUUGAAGCAGUUUUUGCUCAGUGGGAAACUAUAAUUCCUGCUCUCCAGGGUAUGUGCGAUUAUUGAGGGAGGCUGAGACGGACGGGAGGGGGGGAAGAAAGUGAGUUUAUGAGAUGAGAGAUAGCUAGGUAAGUGACGGAGAGAGAUAUAGAGAGAUGAUGUUGAAACGCUAAUUUAAUUUCCCCAUUCAAAGACGCACCGACGGCUCUGGGGGGGGGGGGUGUCCAACUCGACCACCGACGGAGCGGUAGCCUAUAGCCCGCAUUCCGAAUCCUCGACCUAGGCAACGGCGAGAGACGCUAGAGGGGAGGAAAGAGAGAUGGGAUCAGCUUCGUCGGUGAACCGAGUAAUCUACCUGGACGUCGAUGGCAGAAUUCAGAAGGUGGUCUUCAGCAGAUUCUGCAGCCGGUACGAUAUCAGAGAGUUAUUUUGCACCGCUCUGGGUAUCCCAAGAGAGAGUGUCCCUGCUUUGUCUGUUUUGGACAGGAACACCACCUUGUCUCUGCUGGACUCCACAGGAGCCAUGGUGUCCAUCGACCCCACCAUGCCACACAACACCGAGAGGUCACCGUACAGCGUGGUGCCCCUGACUGGUGGACAGCUAGCUGUGCACAUCAAGAGGCUCGCUCAUCACAGCAGCAGGCCCCAGUGGAACAGGCCCCAGUGGAACAGGCCCCAGUGGAACAGGCCCCAGUGGAACAGGCCCCAGUGGAACAGGCCCCAGUGGAACAGGCCCCAGUGGAACAGGCCCCAGUGGAACAGGCCCCAGUGGAACAGGCCCCAGUGGAACAGGCCCCAGUGGAACAGGCCCCAGUGGAACAGGCCCAGGGACUUGGCAGACACUUUCAUUACAGGAAUCAUGAGCAUAAUUCACUUUACUGUUUGACCAAAUCAUGAUUUUAGCCACCACAAAAAAAAGUGAUGUUUUGAAACUUUUGAGUGUGGUGGCCGUGUAAUGAAUGUUCAGCUCACACUGAUACGACCAAUAAAUAGAAAUGUAACUCGCACAGCCAAGUCAAUGGGUCGCAAAAUGCCACUAUAUGGUUGCAGUCUGGAGCCCUGUCCCUUGACAUACUGUAGCUGUAUUGUAAUCAAAGGUCUGUCAGUAGUAGUGGUCUGACAGGUUGUAGCAAAUUAACUAGCUAGCAUUAUCUAUCUGUUAUUACCUGAGCGUAUUAUGCUCUAAACGUGAAUGCAACAGCGUCUACCUCUCUGUGUGGCGUGGUGGAGUCGAUGAUAUAUAUAUAUAUAUUGACAUAAUGAGCUUUCAGAUGUCUCUCCAUGUUGGUAGUAUUUUUCCCAAUGAUGUACAGUGACUUAGACCCCUUUUUCCACAUUUUGUUACGUUACAGCCUUAUUCUAAAAUGUAUUGCAUUGUUUUUUCCCCUCAUCAAUCUACACACAAUACCCCAUAAUUUAU